AUGGUUAAGAGUGGUCAUAACCUGGCGAAUCCCACGAGGGUCGAAGUUGUGACUGCUUUCAUAUGGAAGUGUGCAACCGUCGCUUUAGGUGAUUAUAAGGCCUCGGUGGCUUUUCAUGUCGUGAACUUCAGGAAAAGAAUGGAACCGUCGUUGCAAUAUCAACAAUUUGGGAAUCUUUUUCAAAUGGCUUGUGCAGUAACGCAUGAUCAAACAGCAGGCAUGGCUAAUCUUGUGAGGAAGUUGAGGGAUUGGUUUAAGAAGAUCGUGGUUGGUGUAGAUUUGCAGUUUGAGAGUAAUUUUGGAUGGGGAAAGCCACUUUGGCUAAGCAUGGCAAAUCUUUGUGAUGAAAAUUCAGUCAUUUUUACAGAUUCAAGAUGGAAUGAUGUAAUUGAAGCAUUAUUGUGA